AUGUUCGCCGAAGACUUGGACCGAAUCCUGAGCGGGAAGUAUCCCGGCAAGUCUCACGCGCUGAGGGUCGUGGAGCUCUUACGAGAGAAGGUUCCUAAUGCCAAGGGCUAUCUGUAUCUUGAAGGGCGAAUGUCUAAGCUAUUGGAAGAUAGCGAUGAGUUUGAACCCUUUCGGCAGCGUCGACACUUCUACUAUCUCACAGGCUGUGAUCUAAGCAACUGCUAUCUCUUAUACGAUAUCGAUUCUUCCAAGUCCACUCUGUUCAUUCCCCCGAUAGAUCCCGAAGAGGUUGUCUGGUCCGGCCUCCCUCUCAGCCCCCAACAAGGGCUCGAGAAGUAUGACGUCGAUGAAGUCAAAUUUUCGACCGAACUCGACAAUAUCCUCUCCCAUCUUUCCGGGUCUCAGGAAUCGACAGUCUAUACCAUCGCGGACCAAGUUUGCCCGCACAUCAAAUUCGGGCUCGACAAUGUCGACUCGUCCAUUCUCAAAGGCGUCAUCGACCGGUGUCGAGUCGUCAAAGAUAAGUACGAGGUAGCCAUGAUCCGAAAGGCAAACAACAUCUCAAGCCUCGGCCAUGAAGCCAUAACGAAACAGGCCUCUAAGGCAAGCAACGAGAUGCAACUGGAGGCAACGUUUCUAGGCCACUGCGUCGCACACGGUGCCAAGAAGAUGGCGUAUCCUCCCAUUGUGGCCGCUGGUCGCUCUGGAGCCAUCUUGCAUUACGAAGCCAAUGAUCAACCCCUUGGGGGAAAGCAGAAUCUCUUGGUUGAUGCUGGUGCUGAGUGGAACAACUACGCCUCUGACAUUACAAGGACCUUCCCUUUGUCAGGCACCUUUACGAAAGAAUCUCGACAGAUAUACGACAUCGUAUAUAAGAUGCAAAUGGAAUGCAUUGCCAUCAUAAAAGCGGGUGUAAGAUGGGAAGAUGUCCACAUGCUUGCUCACGAGAUUGCCGUGGAGGGUCUGCUUCAGCUCGGCAUUUUCCAAGGCGCAAAGGCCGAUAUCCUCAAGGCCCAGACAAGCUUAGCAUUCUUCCCUCAUGGACUUGGCCAUUAUCUCGGACUUGAUACUCAUGAUGUUGGAGGGAAUCCCAAUUUCGACGACGAGAACAAAUACUUGCGCUAUCUUAGAACGAGAGGGACGCUCCCAGCCGGAAGUGUAGUCACCGUGGAACCGGGUAUCUAUUUCUGCGAGCACAUUAUCCGUCCUUAUCUUCAAGACGAACGGCACAAGGACCUCAUCAACUCGGAUGUUCUGGAUAAAUACUGGGAUGUGGGCGGUAUUCGGCUGACCCAAGGUAGCAUCGAGGAUAAUGUACUUGUAACACCGACUGGCGUUGAUAAUCUGACGACGACUAUCAAACAUCCCGAUCAAUUGGAAGGCAUGAUAAGGGGUCUUGAGGGCGUGUGA